GAUGACAUCAGAGCAGUAGUGAUGGCGUGGAGGUGGAGACGUGGAGUUUAUAUCCACCUGCAGCUCUCCGGACCGUCGUGAGACCGGAAUGUGAGCCCCGGACUCGGUCAUGCGCUCUCCCUGGAUCCCUUUUCUGCAGCUUUUCUGACACCAGUCUGACUUUAAAGGAUGACCGACUCGGUGCUGAGCGCGCACGCGAACGCGUCGUCUGUGUUCCUGACGCCUCCGACGGCGCAAACGGCGUCCACGACGGCGCCGCGUGUUCUGCGCCUGGACUCCCGCUCGCUGGUCAUCUCAUCCACCAUGUUCGCAGUGGGGGUUCUGGGGAACCUGGUAGCCGUGGCGGUGCUGUGCGUGUCCAAGAGGGAGCAAAAGGAGACGACGUUUUACACGCUGGUGUGCGGCAUGGCGGUGACGGACCUCCUGGGGACGUGCUUCACCAGCCCCGUGGUGAUCGCGACCUACGUGGCGGGUCGGUGGCCCGGCGGCGUGGCGCUCUGCCACUUCUUCUCCUUCUCUAUGCUGUUCUUCGGAUCGGCCGGGAUGUCCAUCUUGUGCGCCAUGGCCGUGGAGCGCUACCUCGCCAUCAGCCACGCGUUCUUCUACUCGCAGCACGUGGACCGCACGGUGGCGCGACUCGCCCUGCUCGCGGUCUACUUGGUGAACGGGGCGCUGUGCGCGAUGCCCAGCUUCGGCUUCGGGCGUCACGCCAAACACUUCCCGGGGACUUGGUGCUUCCUGGACUGGCGCGCACUGGACGCUCGCGGAGCCGCUUACACGUUCCUGUACGGUGGCUUUGUGCUGGUGCUGAUCGCCGUCACGGUGCUGUGCAACUGCGCCGUGUGCCGCUCGCUGGUCGGCAUGAACAAGAAGACGCGCGUCGUCGCCGCAGCGACCAGAGCCGAGGCGCACGCGGGACACCCGGGAUCCCGACGCGCUUUCCGCAAACUGCCCGCAGUCACCUCGGCUGCGGAGAUCCAGAUGUUCUGGCUCCUGAUUUUCAUGACCAUCGUGUUCCUCGUCUGCUCCAUUCCUCUGGUGGUCCGUAUCUUCGCAAAUCAACUCUACGGCCCUGCUUAUAUCGCCGCAGGCAUGCAGCCAGAUUACCGCAGCGAUCUUCUCGCCAUCCGGUUCGCGUCCUUCAACCCCAUCCUGGACCCGUGGGUGUACAUCCUGUGCAGGAAGAACCUAUUUAGCAAAUGCUGCGAGUGGAUCAAGCGCACCAUGGACCUGAGCAGAGAGAGUCCUACGCGGAGAUCCGGCUGGGUUCUCGGGCAGAACUCGCCUCCAUCCCUCGUUCACAGCAACGCCACCAGUUACGCCUCGCUGCGUGCAACCUCCUGCAGGAACGCUGUGGGGAAACUCAGCACCAUCUCCGCAAAAUCGUACGUCGAUUUGAGCGUUCGCCAGGCCUGGGACCUGGACACGGCCGUGGACGACUUUCAUCCUUUCAGUGUGAACCAGAGCUCGGUUCUUGGCUCGGAAAGUGAAACAGCAUCCGGAUGUGAAAUGAUGACCGUGAAGACGUCCGGGUGCGUCCAGGACACGUCCUGCUCAAAAGUGCAUGAGCAUAAAGCGGUAAUUGUCAGGUGUUCUUUCAGCACACCGAGUUCCUGUCUGUCAGAUGAGUGUUGAACAUCACAUGCUCUCAUCUGAUGAAGAGUGCGGACUGUAUUUUACAGGCACUAGAACAUCUCACGUGGCUCCUCAAACAUCAUGGCAGGAACUGGUGGAUUUCUUUCAAUGGACAAAGUACUUUUUUUUAAAAAUAUGUUUCUUCAUACCAUCAGAAUCUGUCAAGUCUGGACACUUCAAAGUCACUGCCAUUGCUGUACAUUUUAGUAAUAUUAGUUGAGACAGGACCUUCAGGAUCAGAAGAUCUAUGAAGUGCACAGAAAUACCAAAUCAUGUGACUAAUCAACUUUUUUUUCCUGUGUAAGGUUCCAGCCACAAAUCCAACAUGGCCACAAGCAGCAUUCGAGUAAAUAUUCAGUAAGAUCUGUCUUUAGCUCCUACUGAAUAUUUACACAGUAAUGUGUAUAAAUGAUCCAAAACUCAUGACCAUUGAAAAAUAAGCCACGCCCACAAUCAAGAACCAUCCAACAAGGGCAUUCCUUUAAUUCACCGGGACCUGACUCAUUUGCAUAAAGUAAACUAAAUCUCUAAUAAUUUACAUUUUUAGAUUCACACAAACACAAUUCUCCUUGUGCAAACUUCUAAGUCUGAAGUUUUUAUACAAAUUCAUAAAAACUUUUAGAUAUUUGCAUAUAAGUUUCUAAUUGCGCUGGUUCUAUCUCAGCAGGAAGUUGAUUGAGAAUGCAGGGUUACUACUUCCUGUUUACACCCCCAUUUUCUGCAACCUGUAUCUCUUUUACAUUUUAUUAGAAGUUUUUUUUCCAGGCUUCGGUCAGAUCGUUGUGUCUGCAUUCGUCUGCUGGAUUCGGAGACGAAACCUGAGAGCCACUGUGUUAAACGUCGUACAACAUGACGCUCCUGUUAUGCACAAAAAAUAUUCAUGUGAAUUCUGUGAAUUAAAUACAUUUGCUAUAGAAAACGAUCUGUUUUUCGAGAUCGGGAACCGUGCUCUGGAUGACGGUAGACAUAUUUCAAUGUCUGCACUUUUUUUAAUAAAUAAAUAUAUAUAAUGUGAAUGUUGUUUAUUUAUGGAUGUGCCGUUAUGCCGCAGUAGAAUGUCGGAUCUGCAUGACUUUUAAUGACGUGUAAAACUGUGAACGAUGUAUUACUGGAAACGAAUAAAAAAAACAAAACACUUUUAAA